AUGUCGGAUAAUAUGGAUGCUGAGGACGAAUUCCUGUAUGGCGACUUGAAUGCAACCGCAGCCGCAGCCGCAGCCGAUGCUGAUGUCGACGUGGAUCAAAGUGGCGAUGUGGACAUGAACGGCUCUGGCAGUCAACAUAACGGCGAAGGCAGCGAUGUCAACGACGAGGAAGAAAGCGCCAAGGGCGACAGCAGCGAAGUGAUUAUUUUGGAGCCCGGUAAAACGGGUGCUGACAACCAGCCCACUGUAGCUACUGCCGCAGAAACUGAAGCUGGAGCAGACGAGAAGGCGAAAACCGACGGAGACGCCAGCAUGCAGGCUUUGUUUGCUGGAGGAGUGGACCGGCUGGACCUUCUGACAAUUGACAUCGACAUGCUGGACGAGAAGCCUUGGCGGUUGCCAGGGGCGGAUAUUACGGACUACUUCAACUUUGGAUUCCAUGAGGAAACAUGGAAGGUAUACUGCAUGAAGCAGAGGCAACUGCGCACUGAGUUUGGCAUGUACAAGAUGAUGCCACCGGCAAUGAUGAUGAUGCCUGGCGCCCAAGGCAUGCCCAACCCCGCUAUGUUUUCGGGAAUGUACCCGCCGGCACCGGGCCGCCGUUUAUGCGCCCAGUCCAGCAGCAGCCUGGAGGACCGCAAGGCAGCGAAAACAAUGCCGAUGUGA